GUCACGGGACCGGCACGAAAACCCCGCAGCUGGGAUCCACCCGGCCGCAAAAAGGGGGCUGAGGCAGGAUGGGUUUUGCCGAAGACAAAGUGUACGACUACAUUUUGAAAAACCUCAAGAAUUUCAAGAACAUCCAUGUGGCGUCGCUCGCCGAUUCCCUGAGCUGCCUGACUGAUGCCGACAGAGAUGAACUUCACGCCCGGGAGGAAAUGCGGGGGAGCCAGGCGACCGUCUAUAGGUUUUACCAGCACCUGAAGUGCCGGCAGGGCUGGGUGCCGGAUCUCAUCGACGCGCUGCGCCACAACAACGCGGGGCACCUGGCCGACGAGCUGCAGCACGUAUAUGACUGCUGGCGAGCCCGUCCCCCGGCUCCCGCCACUGCCUCCUUCCCUCCUGCGGCCAGCGAUGCCCGUCCCGCCGUCUCCUCCGUCGGUGCCCAGACGCCGUCCCCGGGGCUGAACCCUGCUCCGGGUGCCUCGUUGGCUGAGCAGCCGCGCCGAGACCUGCCCGCCGGCGGCCGUCCGCCUCUCCUGCCCGGUGCUGCCACCACCACCAGCACAGACCUGGACGCCAGGGCCCCGGUGCAGGAAUCGCUCUCCAAAAACCUCCUGGAGCAAGAGAAUCCCCGGCCGCCUCCACCUGGGAGCGUGGUCCGUGACGGAGCAAGCGAUGGGCACGGCGGAGAGGGGCAUCUCCCGCACCCCAUCGAGGCUGUGCAGGCGGCAGCGGGGACCCCCGGGGCAGCCAGCGUGGCCGUGCCAUCGGCUGCCCCCGAACGGGGCCGGGACUGGCUGAGCCGCCAGCAGCACCCGGUGUGCGUGGACAACGGGUGUUUUGGGAACGCCAACCACCUGCACCGCGGCGCGCCGGCCUUGGGUCUGGGCAGGUCUCUUCCGCCGAGGGAUGCGGGCUCUGCUCGCAGCGCCGAGCAGCCCAGGAACGAGCCUGAAGAGGACUCCUAUGUCUCCACUGAGAUGCCCUCCAGGCUGGAGGAGACCGCUCGCAGCGGGGGGCCGCAGCCCCCAGACUCGCUGCCAGAAAACCAGGCUGUGCCAGGCUCUGGGCACGGCGAGCCCCCGGGCAGCUUUGUGGAUGUGCGCAGCCCCCUCCUCAUACAGCAGCAGUUCGAGGCGGAGCAGAAGCGGGUCGGGAUGCUGCAAGAGGACGGAGGAGACACUCGGAUGGAAACCACCACCCCAGUCACUACCGCUGCACCCAGAGACGCAUCCCCAUCCUGUGACACCUCCCUGAAGCCUCCGGUACAAGAGAAAAAACCGCCCGCGGGGGAGACGGCCAGCAGCACCCCCUCCAUGCUGACGAAGGAGAAAGUGCUCCCGGCCUCGGCGGACCCUCUCCCGACUGUUGCAGGAAGCUUUGAAGGCACGUCUGGGAGGACAGCAUCCCGGGUGAGCUCUGCCACGAGCAUCUGGGCAUCUUGCAGCAACGUGGAGAGGGAUGUGGAGGUCAACAAGCCGGGCGUCCUCCUCUCCACAGCUGGGGAGAGCCCAGAGGCAGCCGGCAGAUGCCUGAGCUUUCGGGGGCCCAGCGGCCCCUAUUCCGGGGCAUCCGAUAGCCUCACCUUCAGCAGCGACCCACUCAUGGUGAGCACGGAUAGCUCGAGCUCAGGAGAAGCGCUCUCCAGAGUCUCCUCGGGAUGCCCGGUUCCAGCGGCUCAUGCAGACCCCAGGGAAGAGGAGGCAGCUGGAGCAAGCAGAGACUCCCGUCCACCUCCGAGCUGGGACAGCACCUCCCUGGGCACCCACCAGGUCCGCGUGGACCAUUACCCCAGCACCCAGCUCGAGGCAGGCAGCGACCUCCGAGACGGAGCCGGUCCCCUUGGAAACCCUCCAGUUUUUGACUCGAGCAGGGGCUGUGGCACUGCGACCAGCUCGUCUCAGGCCAAAGUCCCCCCAGGGGACAGCAACGGACCGUCCCUGCCAUACAUCGUUCCAGCUGUGGGCAUCGCUGUGAUUUCAGCGGUGGCAUUUCUGGUGUACGCUCGAUUGCAGAAAUAGCGCUGGAGUGGAUGGGAUGCCACGACCGUCGCCCAGCCUGGGCGAUUCCUCUUCGUAGCAGGAAUUUGGCCAAGGCGUUUGAAGCCUGAAGAGCAGCGGGGGGGGGAUGAU